AUGAAAGCUAUGUCCUGUCUCCAGCCAGCAGCUGCUAGAUCCCAGCAGCCUGGAGCGGAGCAGGCGGACUCCCAAGGAUGGAUGGUGCCCAUUUUGCCAGUCUUAACUGGCCAGGGCCGGGAGCUGGAGCCACCUCCUCCUGGACCUUGGGAGCGGUUGCAGAGCCAAGAGACCCCGUGCUGCUUCCCACUAACGGUGCUGUUCCACGGGGACCCCAUGGCCAUGAUCCAGAAUGUUGGAAAUCACCUGCGAAGGGGCUUCGCCUCUGUGUUCUCCAGCCGCUGGUCCCGGAAGUCAGCCUCUCGUGCAGAGGACACCGACAGCACCAUGGCCGACGGCGAGGGGUAUCGGAACCCCACGGAGGUGCAGAUGAGCCAGGUGGUGUUGCCCUGCCACACUAACCAGCGCGGCGAGCUGAGCAUCGGGCAGCUGCUCAAGUGGAUUGACACCACGGCCUGCCUGUCUGCGGAGAGGCACGCUGGCUGCCCCUGCGUCACAGCCUCGAUGGACGACAUCUAUUUUGAGCACACCAUCAGUGUUGGACAAGUGGUGAAUAUCAAGGCAAAGGUGAACCGGGCCUUCAACUCCAGCAUGGAGGUGGGUAUUCAGGUGGUUUCCGAGGACCUGUGCUCUGAGAAGCAAUGGAGUGUGUGCAAAGCCUUGGCCACCUUUGUGGCCCACCGGGAGCUCUCCAAGGUGAAGCUGAAGCAGACCACACCUCGGACAGAGGAGGAGAAGACCGAGCAUAGCGUGGCAGCAGAGCGCCGGCGCAUGCGGCUGGUCUAUGCGGACACCAUCAAGGACCUCCUGGCCAACUUCCCUAUUCAGGAUGAUCUGGAGAGCAGAGAUUGCAGCCACAUGGUGCUGGCCGAGAAGACCCGAGUGGAGAGUGUGGAGCUGGUCUUACCCCCCCACGCCAAUCACCAAGGCAACACCUUCGGGGGCCAGAUCAUGGCCUGGAUGGAGAACGUGGCCACCAUUGCAGCCAGCCGGCUGUGUCGGGCCCACCCUACACUGAAGGCCAUUGAGAUGUUCCACUUCCGUGGCCCGUCUCAGGUUGGGGACCGCCUGGUGUUCAAGGCCAUCGUGAACAAUGCCUUCAAGCAUAGCAUGGAGGUGGGUGUGUGCGUGGAGGCCUACCGCCAGGAGGCCGAGACCCACCGGCGACACAUCAACAGCGCCUUCAUGACCUUUGUGGUCUUGGACGUAAAUGACCAGCCCCAGAAGCUGCCCUGGAUUCGGCCCCAGCCUGGGGACGGUGAGCGGCGGUACCGAGAGGCCAGUGCCAGGAAGAAGAUCCGCCUUGACAGGAAGUACAUCGUGUCCUGUAAGCAGGCGGAGGUGCCCCUCUCUGUGCCCUGGGACCCCAGCAACCAGGUGUACCUGAGCUACAACAACGUCUCCUCCCUGAAGAUGCUUGUGGCCAAGGACAACUGGGCACUGUCCUCGGAGAUCAAUGAGGUGCACCUGUAUACCCUGGAGGACGACAAGUUCCUCUCCUUCCACGUGGAAAUGGUGGUGCAUGUGGAUGCAGCCCAGGCCUUCCAGCUGCUCUCGGACCUGCACCGGAGGCCCAAGUGGGACAAGCACUACCGGAGUGUGGAACUAGUGCAGCAGGUGGACGAGGACGAUGCCAUCUACCACGUCAUCAGCCCCGCCCUCGGUAGUGACACCAAGCCCCAUGACUUUGUGAUCCUGGCCUCGAGGCGGAAGCCUUGUGACAACAGGGACCCGUAUAUCAUCGCACUGAGGUCAGUCACACUUCCCACGCACCUCGAGACACCGGAGUACAAGCGCGGGGAGACCCUCUGCUCAGGCUUCUGCCUCUGGCGCGAGGGGGACCAGUUGACCAAGGUAUCCUACUACAACCAGGCCACCACCGGCUUUCUCAACUACGUGACCACCAACGUGGCCGGCCUCUCCUCUGAGUUCUACACCACCUUCAAAGCUUGUGAGCAGUUCCUCUUGGACAACCGGAACGACCUGGCUCCCAGCCUCCAGACCCUCUAGGCACCUCAGUGCCCAUUCACCUCCAUCCUGCCCCAAGGACACGUGUAGAGCGCGGAUGAAGGCACAGGCGUUUAUUCCUUCCUGCUCCCCCAUGGGAAGCCUUGACCCUGGGGUCUGCUGG